AUGGGACACAGGAGUAUCCGCCCCCUGAUGGCAACUGGGCUGUGAUGUACAUUUGUCUUUUUCACCUUGCUUUCUGUUCGGUCCUGGCCUGAGGUGCCCUGCUUUGGACCACAAAGUUUCUCAAGAUGUCGUUUCGCGGACCUGGGCUGUAUGAGUUUCUUACGGAGGCAGAGCUUCAGCAAUACUACAAUCAUUUCAAAAAUGACUUGAAGGUUCAAAAUGUGCCCCAAAUCAAGUGGGUGACAGAUGAAGAUCUGGCCGUGAUGGGUUUGUCUAAGCCCGAGAUAAGACGUCUCAAGAAGUUCUUCGGAAAAUACUGUCCACAAAACUAUUUGUCGAAAAUGAAAAGGAAGCUGCUGGGCCGGCGCGACGACGAGCUGCCGGAGCCGCCGGCGGUGCCCGACGAGUCGCCCUCACGGCAGCGGCACACCAUCAAGAUGCCCAAGCACAUCAUCCCGGCGGACGCCAUCGUGGUCAACAAGGAGCUGGGCACCGGCGAGUUCGGAGUGGUGCAGCAGGGCGUCUGGACCAACGAGGAGGGGCACAGGAUCCAGGUGGCGAUCAAGUGCCUGAGCAAGCAGCGCAUGCAGUCCAACCCGACCGAGUUUUUGAAGGAGGCCACCAUCAUGCACAACAUUGAGCACGAGCACAUCGUACGUCUGUACGGCGUCGUGCUCGAUACCAAUGCCCUGAUGCUGGUGACGGAGCUGGCGCCGCUCCGCUCGCUGCUCGAGUGUCUGAAGGAGCCUAACCUGCGCGCCAGCUUCCCCGUGCUGACGCUGUGCGGCUUCGCCAUCCAGAUCUGCGACGGCAUGCAGUACCUCGAGUCCAAGCGACUCAUACACAGAGAUCUAGCAGCGCGCAACAUUCUCGUGUUUUCCAAGAAUACUAUCAAGAUAUCCGACUUUGGCUUGUCACGGAUGCUGGGCGUGGGCAAGGACUACUACCAGACGAACUUCAACGUCAACCUGAAGCUGCCCAUAGCAUGGUGCGCGCCAGAGUGCAUCAACUACCUGCGCUUCACGUCGUCGAGCGACGUCUGGGCGUACGGCGUGACGCUGUGGGAGAUGUUCAGCUACGGCUUCCAGCCGUGGGCGGCGCUCACCGGCCAGCAGAUUCUCGAGGCCAUCGACGAGCCCAACUUCCAGCGUUUGGAGCAGCCGGACACGUGUCCCAAGGACUGCUACAACUUGAUGAUCAAGUGCUGGCAACACGACCCCAACAAGCGGCCCAACUUUCGCGACCUGGCCGAGAUGUUACCUGAGUGUAAGCCGGAGCAGGUGCAGGCAGUGCAGGCGGCGGCCAGCGAGCCCACGUCGCCCACCAAGCGUGACCGACUGCCAUACGACGUCGGCGAUGUGGUCACCGUGCUGGACAAGCGGCCCGUGGCCGACCACCCCAACCUGUGGAAGGGCGUCACGGCGCUUGGCAAGACGGGCCUCUUCAACCCGUCUCACUUCGUGGCCUACCUGGGCAGCAACCUGCCGUCCAGCAGCGGGCAGCCGCCGGCACCGUUCAGCCGCGGCGAGGCGAAGGCGGCCUACUCGUCCAAGCGGCGGCUGAAGCCGGAGAUGAUCUCGGCGCCGCAGGAUGACCUCAAGCACACCGGCCACGUCGGCAUGGACGGCACCCACUUCGGCGAUGUCUCCUUCCUCGGCGACAAGCGACAGCAGCUGCCGCGGCAGGUGGUGAGCCCGUACAAGCCGCAGGACGACAUGCGCACAGCGCUGCUGACGCGCGCCGAGUCGGACGUCUCGGACCGCGCGCCGCUGCUCGCCACCGCCGACUCGGCCGCCAGGGGCGCUGCUGCAGCGGCCGGAAGCCUGCUGACGCCGUUGGCAGCGGCCCGAGGCCUGCUGACGCCGUGGGCAGCGGCCCGAGGCCUGCUGGUGCCGUGGGCAGCGGCCCGAAGCCUGCUGACGCCGUGGGCAGCGACCCGAGACCUGCUGACGCUGUGGGCAGCGGCCCGAGGCCUGCUGACGCCUCGGGCGGGACGCCUCUCGGCGCCGACCGUGACCCCGCUGAGGGCGCGCAUCCCCGGCCGCGCCGGUGAGGGGCGCUGA